AUGUACACCUCCGAGGAGGUGUAUAUAUUAAUGAAACUUGAGAAAUCAUUCCAUAUAAAUGGAAAAGAACGGUUUUGGGCAAAUCCCGAGUUGCAGCUUCUUCCAGGACCUGAAGACCACUCAGCAACAUCGAAAUCUCCUUACAUCGCCAGCAAAUGUAGUUUUGAUGAUACAAUACGUUUGCUUUAUCAGUGCAAAUGUAAGGAAAGGAAUAGUGCUUUAAAUAAACCUGAUGAUGAACGGAAUGCUGAUGAUGCAGCAUGGAAUCUUAUCAGUACAUCGAUAGGAGAGGAGGGAAAAGUGGACGAAUAA